CGACCUUUCGCGCAUACCGGGACGUGGAACCAGGGACAACUUCGAGCUGAAUGCAUCGCCUGAACCUGCAGACCCAUCACGACGACCGCGAGGGCGAAACCAAAGAGGACGACGCACGGCGACUUCAAGAGGAAGACAUUGAGAUUACGUUUGAGCUGCCAGAUCAGUCGGAGGCGCGACAAAAGUUCAAGAAGGGUCAAACUGUGAUGGUGUUGAAAAGCUUCCUCGAGACCGAAUUUGAUUUGCACAUGCCUUCUAUCAGGCUCGUCCACAACGACGUUGUGCUGCUCGACCCUUACUCGCUGACAGACUACCCAGACUUUGAACACAACGACGAGGCUCGAGUCGUGGUGGUGCUUUCGCGAAAGUAACUCUGCCCUGGAUAAUAAUGUACAGCCAAACAACCGA